AUGGUGAUGGACAUUGCAAUAUAUAUCAUCGCCAUAGUCCACGACGUGCCCAGCUAUGCCUUAGAGAAGGAUUUUUCCAGAACAACCCAAGUCUUUGUGCUCAUUUUGUGCUUGCAAUGGUUUGCGCAUCUGCUUUUUCUACCACUGCUAUCCGUCAUUCACUUAAUCGCAAUUUUUUCGCCUGCACGGUUUCGAAAAGCUUCUUAUAGACACUUCACAAAUGCUAACAUUGCAGUCGUCAUCAUUUCGUUGCUGAUUACAGCACCGUUAUACUCCAAAUACUGCGGUUAUACCUACCUUAUAUCCGAUCAUUACUGGUAUUUCGAUUAUAGUCUGCCAUAUACUUACCUCUACCAACGUCUGAACCAGUUAUUACAGAUAAUUUUCGGUUUAUUUGUAUUCACUGCCGACAUUGUGAUCAUCUGGAAAAUUUUUCGCCUACGUUUGCGAACGCUGCGUGCUCACUUCAAUAAGCGAGUAUCAGAAAGGGAAUGGAAAUUUGGAAAAGAAACUCGUUUUGCCGCGAAUUUUCUCUUGUUGAGCACCUGCUUCCUGGUUAUGACCAUCUGCUACAAUGUGGACUUUGGUUACGGAUUCUGGCAAAGCUUGCUCUUCAAGAUUUGCACAUUGCUCAAUUUUGCCAAGUGGCCGAUGUACGUGCUGGGAAAUGCUUCGGUUUCCAACGCUAUUCGAGGAAUACUCUGUUGUAACAGUCAACUCGCUCCUCUCACAUCAUCAACUGUUUUGAAAUUUUAG